CUUCUGCCUCCUUCUGUGUCUGUCUAUCUCCUUCUGCUGCUGCAUCGCUCCUCGCGACUUGACUUCCGCUUUGUGUGCAGACUACUUGCGAGCGUCGCUCCAAGUUCUGCCUUCCUGGAAGAACCCCCAGGCUGAGACAGCAGACUGCGGUGGACCUCAGAGCGAGACAAGUCAGAACGGCACGCUACUUCCAGCUUCUCUACUUGCGACAGACCGAGAAAAAAUUGGGAAGAAGCAGAGAAAGACGGCGAGAAGGAGAUACGCGCCAACUCGCUGCGUUGUCCGGCGAUUCGACCAAGCCUUUCUACUGCACUGCUGCAUGCAACUUCUGCUUUUUAAAUCGGCACACCGUGUCUCGACCUCCUGGAAGCUCUAAAAUACAUAGAUACAUAUAAACAUACAGAUUCUUGUAUUGAUAUCUACGUACAUGUUCAUAUAGAGAGACAUACAGGGAAGUGAAAUGAGUUCCGGUGACUCGUCAUCAGCGCAUGCAUGUCAUUGAGAAUGGAGGUCUCUCUCUACUAAACGUUUAGCCGUCAGUCUAAGUUUUGGACUUCUCUCUGCGCAUGCGUCGUUGCUCAGAGACCGUUAAGUCCGUGUGCAUGCAAAUGCGUAUGCAACUGGAAGCUCUUCUUGGCUGCCAAGCAAAUUACUGGAGUGGAGAGACGAGUAACGGAAGUAGUUGCUCACAGAGUGUCUUCAGAGAAAACAUUCCUCUUUAGACAGUCUGAGAGCUCGAAUGUUUCCAGAUCGAACGCACAGCAGUCGCUGGCCGGUCGGCGGCCCUGCGCAGUAGCCUCCGAGCCUCUCAAUGAGAUUUCUUUCUCUUGUUCACAGUUCCAAAUGGAGAAGCUGACGACACCAAUGGAACAGCUUUUGCUGUUUUCCUCGUCUCCGCAUGCAUCGCGACCGGACCAUUCGCCAUGUCGUGCUCCCUCUCCGUGCGAAUGUUUUUUUCUUUGGAGACGGUCUUCGUUCCUCGCUUCGUUUCCGUCUUCCACGUCACCCCAGUCGUUUCCCCCCUCUUCUCGCAUCUCUGAUUCCUCUUCUCCCUCUUCUUCUCCCUCUUCUUCUUCUUCUUCAUGUUCUUCAACUCCAUUUCGCUCUUCUUCGGGUUUUCGUUUGUCUGCGUCUCCCGGCGUUCGUUGCUCUGUGUCUUUGCGUUGUCGGACUCGCAAGCAAAGGCGCCGCUUGGGGGCUGUUCUCGGUUCUCCUUUGGUUGUCUUCUCUCUUCUCUUCUCUUUCCUUCACACUGCGUCUUCGCUUCAGGUGCUCCGCAACUCCUCCUCGUACUUCGCGCCUCCCUCCUCCUCCGGCUUCUCUUCCCCGUCGAGGGCGGUGUCUCUCCCGUUCGAUUUCGACGCCCCUGCAAGGUUGACAACCUCUUUAGGCUCUGCAUCACCGGCAGGAUCGUCUUCCUCUCUCGAUGUCACUUUUCCUUCCUCUUUGUCGUUCGAUCCGUCUCCCGCUUCUUCCGCUUCGUCAGUGGGGGCUCCUGCCCUUUGUCUCAGGAGGUUCACUCCGCGUCUGUCUCCUCUCUCCCUCUCUUUCCUGGACUCGACUUGGGGACAGAAAGGAUGUGGAGGUCUGCAGAGGACACUGCCAGGUCUCUUUCCUCCAGAAUUCGCGUCUUGUUCAUUCUCUCGCGCCUCCCACCGUGUCGUCGUUACCGGCAAACGCCGCGCGUUUCGGUCCUCCUUGCCUUCUUUCUCCGACUUUCUUCCACCCUCACCUUCAUCGUCUUCGUCUCUGUCAAGAAGGCCUUCAAUCCCUCAGUCUCGGAAGUCCUUUGGAGCUGCUCCUCCGUCGUCACCGUUUUUGUCUUCCUCUUCAUCUCCUUCUUCUUUCGCUUCGUCUCUCGAGCAUGCAUCGGCUUUGAGUUCUCCGCAAGUUGCAGGUGGGGAUGAGAGCUCGAGAAACUCCGACGCGUCUCUCGGCUGUCCUCGAUGCAACAUCGUCCGCCAUAGUCGACCCCCGACGAUCGUUGGCGACUCCUCUUCCUACCUCGCUUCUUCAUCUUCCUCAUCUUCUUCUUCGUCUUCUUCUUCGUCUUCUUGCUCGUCUUCUUCCUCGUCUUCUUCUCCAUGGUCUUCGCUCUCGCCAGUUGCUUCCUCUUCGUCUGCUUGUUCUUCCUCGUUUCCUUUCGUCUCGCCAUUUGCGUCAGCCGGCGGUGCGCCGCAGACCGAGCCUCCGCAGAGAGGUCGGCCGCAUGGCCUCCCUUUGCGGGUGCUGCUGCCCGUCCGAGUCCACGUGGAUCCCCAGCUGGCUCGCUGUCUGCACCUGCCAGCCAGCGCUACGCGUCGGCGAGUCUUCUUCCCUCUGGAGCGACUCCUGGCGACUCUGCGCCGCGCCUCGGGAGGCGCAGCGAACGCGGAGGGCGGGGAGGACACAGCGCCAGCUCGACAGCGAGCGCAGACCGCCGUCCCCACUCCGCUGAAAGACUGCGAAUCGAACGCAGAGCCUCUCCGGCUCGAAGACAUGAUGGCGGCCGCUCGGAGCGCUCACGCCUGGGCUGACUACUACGGGGUGCCGCUGCGGCUCGCCUACCGAUGGGUGGAGAAGCGCGCGCGCAUGCACAGCUCUCGACGCGCGGCAGGCCCCGAGACAGUUCCAGAGGCACUCGGCGCCGGCGAAGAAGGAGGUGAAGAAGGAGGAGAGACAAGAGGAGAGGAAACUGAGGAGAGAGACGAAGGAGACGACGGUCGGACAGAGGAGAGAGCAGAGAGUGGAGACUCGAUUCUGAUUGAGACAGAUGAAGACUUUCGAGCGUUGCUGUUCGAGGCAUAUGGCGCGCCGUUGCGCGAGUACCUUCGGGUGCCACUGUGUGCUCAUGGAGUUGAGGACUCCGAGGAGAAUCAGAACGCGCAAGACGGCUCAGUCGAAGGAGAGGAAACAGCCGAUGCAUCCCGGCGUCGACUUGAGGACGAAGGACGAGAAGACAACGAGGAACGAACUGAACAGAGGGAGGCGACCCAUCCCGUUCGCUUGCUGCGAGUGAAGCCCGCUCCUCCGAACAUGUCCUCCACAUCUCAGGAUAAAGUCCUCACUUUCUUUCUUCUUCCCCCGCCAGCUCCGCAUUGGCCCCCUCCUCCUGUUGCUCCUUUUCUUCUUUCUCUGUCACCUGCCGCUGCGGCUGCGUCGAGUCCACGUUCUUCUUCUUCAUUUUCAUCAUCUUCGUCAUCUUCGUUGCCGCCUUGUCCCCCGUCUUCUUCACCAUUGUCGCCUUCUCCUCUCUCUUCUUCGUCUGCGUCACCGUCGAAACAGCGCGCGUCUCGCUUUCGUCUGGUGUCUUUCUACAAAUUUGUGUCUUUUCCGCGUCCGGAGCAGAUCGCGCAGAUUCUGCGUCUGGCAUGGACGCCGCUGGGGAUUCUGGGGCGUACGUACGUCGCAGCAGAGGGGAUAAACGGCCAGCUAGCUGUGCCGGCAGAGCACCUUCCUCACUUUUACGCUUCUCUCCAGCUUCUCCCUGAACUGCGGCAGCAUGUCGCCAUCAACCUCGACCCAUGGGAGAUGGAUGCCGAGGAGUAUUUCGGUCAGGCGGGAGCCGAGGAAGACGCUCCCUCCGACCGGCCUUGCGACGAAGCGCACCGAAACAAAGGCGACGCAAACGCGAGUGCAGACGGACUGCUGUUUGAGGCGGCCGCUGAAGCCAAGGCACCCGACGCCCGCGCGCGUUCGCAUGCGCCACCCUUUGAGGACCUUUGCAUUCGCGUGCGACAUCAAAUCCUCGCUGACGGGGCCUCCACAGCGGAGCCGCGCGCUACCGAUCGAAGGGGAAAAACGUCGUUCAGAGCGCGAACAGCAGCUGCGGCCGCCGAGGCUUUACACGGAGCUCCACGCAGGUCCCCAGAGAUGUCGCCGGCGUCUCCAGAGGUGCCGCCACUGGCCGCGAGCGACUGGGGACUGAAGGACUUGGACUGGAACGACUGCGGAGUUGAACUGGAGCCAAAGGAAUGGGAAGCGAAGCUGCGCGAAAUGCUGAAGCUGCAGAGCGAGGCAGAACAGGAACAGGCGAGAGAGACGAGAGAGGCGAGCGACCUGGAGGCGGGGAAGCGAGACCAUGGCGCAGGCGAGGGCGAGACGCGGGAGCAACGGCGACGGAAGAGAAUCGUGCUCUUGGACUGUCGCAACAUGUACGAGUCAGACAUUGGAUUCUUCAAGGGAGCGGUGCCUCUAAACACCAAUAUUUUUUCCGAGAGCUUUGGAUCCGACGGCGCUCUCCGCACUGUUCUGGCUCGUCACACAAGUCUGCCAGGAUCCUCCCGAGCCGAAACCAGUGAAGAGAAGCGGUCGCCUGAAUAUGCUUCCUCUGCUUUCUCUCCCGCUGCCUCUUCUCCGUCUCCUCUUUCACCUGCUCCUUCCUUCCAGUCUUCCUCUCGCUCGCUUGGCGGGGACGAAAGGCGACAAGACGAAAGAGAAGGCGCAGAAGGAGACGCAGAAGGAGAGAAGCGAGCUGGCGACGGCCGAGACGAAACUCGAGAAGAAGAGAGAAAAGAAGAGCUCGAGGUGAUGAUGUACUGUACAGGGGGAAUUCGUUGUGUGAAGGCUGGGGCAUAUGUGAAGCAGAGGCUGGGCAUCCCUUGCGUUUUUCGCCUGAAGGGCGGCGUUCUCCGUUACGUGGAGUAUCUGCAGACUUUGGAGAAGGAGAGCAAGAAACGUCUGCAAAACUCUGCAACUGUCGAGGCGGAAGACGAGGGAGAGAAAGAACCACCGUCGCGAGACACCGCACUCGAGGCGCCCCCAGGACUGUCCGCAAGUAGUUCAGCCGCUAGCGGGGAGCCGAAAGGCAAUCGCGAAUUCCUUGAUGAACGCGAGGCCUCAGCGGAGCAAGCGGCGAAGGCGAGAGACCGCCUCUGCAGCCUCGCUCUCUCUUCGUCGGAUACGGAGUGUAAGCCUCGGGAUGCCUCUCCGUCGUCCUUCCUCGACAAGCGCAGCUUUUUUCUUGGCAGUCUGUACGUUUUCGACCACCGAAUGACGCGCCGAGUCACCUCCCAUUUGUUCGCCGCAUGCAGUGCGUGUCAGAAAAGGAAAUCCGCCUUCUACACCAACUGUCAAUACACCUCGUGCCAUGCGCGCAUCCUCCUAUGCACCGACUGCGCCGACGCUCUCCACGGAUGCUGCAGCCGCGCAUGCAAAGCGAAAGUUGUUCGACACAGAGCAGAGGGGAUAGGACGACACAGAGAGGACGGUGAGGUGCUCGGAGCGACCGAUGGGGAACGCGAGACGCAAACAGCGAAAGAGGUCGGUGAGGGCAGCCAGAAGGAAGAGAGAGCGAAGGAAGAAGUCGGCGAGAAGAAGGAGGAGAACGGUGCGAGCGACAAGGCAAACGAGAGAGAAGAAAGAGGGCGAGAACAAGGGGACAUGUUUCCAGAGGCGAGAACAGUUUUUCCUGAGACUGCGUUGGAGAACUUCGAAGGCGACACAGAGGGCGAAGCAGACGCUUUCCUUCUUGAAGCGCGAGAACGACGAGCGAAGGCGAGAGAGAGGCGACGACGAGUCGAAGAAAAACAACGACGCGCGCGAGAGAAGCUUCUCCCUACGCAACUCAGACUGGCUGUGCUUCUCAACGACGCCGCAAAGGCGAGUAGGACUCACAGCGACAGACAUGGAGAAGAAGGACGAAGCGAAGAGCCAGCAACAGAUGGCGACAGAAUCAGACACGCAGCGAAAGCAGACGAAGGUGCAGCUGUCGAGCAUGAAGGCGAACGAACCGACCAAGGAGCCGAAGAACAUGCAGCAGAGGGAGGACAGGCAGAGGCCGAAGACGUCGCAGCAGAUACGCGAAGCAGAGACGAGCUGCGACAUCACGUAGCAACGCGAGAGCGAGAAGAAAAGGGAGAAGAGGCGAGAGAAGGAGGCCAGCGACGAGAAGACAGUGCAGAAGAAGUCAAAGAGAAGGCGCCGAGGUCGUUUCUCUCUGCCUUCCUCGGCCCUUUGUGGGUGCCCUGGAGCUCGGGAAAAGCCAAACACCCACAAGGCAAUUUGGCAUCCUUCUCCUCUCACCCGAGCUCGCGCCUGAGACAUCCUCCUAGCUCUGACGGCCCUCGCCGGCUUCGCGUCUUUACGUCGCCUUUGCUUUCGUUGUCGCCUCUCUCGUCUCCGCGGUCGUCUUCACCUUACUCUUUCCUGACUGUUUCUCCUUCGUCUCCCUCUCCGCUCUCGGCUUCUUCGCGCGCUUCGAUCUCUUCGUUUUCUGGUUCUCCGUUGCCGCCUCCACAGGCUUUAAGUCGGGCCUCUGCUGUGGAUUCGCUCGAGUCUCCGUCUGCUUCCCCGCCUUCUCUCCGGGCCUCCGCUCCGUGUGCCGAGGCGGCGAAUGGAGCAGGACUACGCGCAGCAGGCGGCCGUGGUCCAGAGGCGGAACUGGGCGGUCAGAGCAAGACUUGCGCGCAGAGCGGACGCAACCUCAGGGAGCGAGAAAGACGCGAGCUGGAAGCGAGAGGAGACGCCAGAGUUGCGGGAGAAAGCAAUCUGAGUGGGAGAGAAGCGGAGUGCCAGGAGCGGGGAGACGAGGAGAGCGCGAACGUCGGCGUCGACGCUCUGGGGGAACUGCAUGCAGAGGCGACAGCAGCGAGCUCUGCUUCGUUUGCUCAGGAACCCAUUCUAGAUCAACUGCGUCUCGCGACGGAGGAACUCGUCUGGGGCAGGGAGAGCGGCGAGAAAACAAACUCUGACAAGGCGAGAGCCGAGGCCUGUCGGCGACGUUCGUUGCGAGGAAAGGAUGCAGAGAGAUCCCCUCGGCUAGAGAUCGAAGAAGCGAGUCGCAUGUGGAGGGGAAGAAGCGACGAGCAGCCCACACGAGCCGAAAGCGAAGAAGAGAGCGCGCCUGCGCGAGAGGUAGCGAGAGGCAGGGGAACUCGCCUGUCGAAGAAAACGCGUGGAGAAGGAGAGCGAGAAGACGCGAACCCCAGAGAAGUCAGCGAAACGUCUUCGGGGCCCUGGUGGAGUGACAAACUGCAGUGCAGGCUUCUGUCCACUAUUUCGCGGCUUCAAAAGCCUCGUGCCAUCCUCGAAAUUGGCACCUUCACCGGCCUUUCCACUCUCAGCCUCGCAGAAGGCCUCUCAAUCAACGCCCGACCCUCCCACCCGUCGCCUGCCAAGUGGUGGAAGUCUCCGAGAUCGGAACAACAGAGCGGAAACGAGGAGAAAGAAGAGGAAGAGGAAACGCAGGAAACGCCCGCUCGACGGCCCGGAGCAAAGGACCAUCUUCUCCCUCAAUCCGAGAAAGGACACAAUCUCGAAGGAAGGCCCCCUGUCCUUGUCACAAUUGAGAGGGACCGGCGAGCGCUGGACGUAGCUCGGGCCCAUUUCGCUUCCUCACCGUAUGCGGCUUAUAUUCGGGUAAUCGAGGGCGAGGCCCGAGAGGCGCUUGCGCUGCUUCAGAGGAAAGUGAAGCCGCGGAGUGUCGAAGGAGGGGGCGGCCCCAGGCUGGUUGAGUCGAAACGAGAGAGGAAAACUCUCGACGAAGAGCAGGACGAAGCCAGUGAGAAAGAGAGACAGGCGAGGGGGGAGCGAGGAGAAAGGACGAACGAGAAAGGGGAAGACGAGCGAGUGAGGGGGGAAGGCGAUCGGCAAGCAAGUUUGAGUUCUCUGCAUUUCCCAGAGACGCACCAAGACGCGCGACAGGCUGACGAUACAAAGGCUGAACACGGCCAAGCCUCUUUUGCCUUGGAGAGCGAUCUCAGGAACCUCUUGAUUCCCCCCGAGGGAUUUGAUUUGAUUUUUCUCGACGCGAGCAAAAGGCAGUACGGCGAGUUUCUUCGAGAUUUUAUUCUACAUCCCUCGCAGCCGCUCCUCGCACCCGGGGGCCUUCUGUUGAUUGAUAACAUUCUCUUCAAGGCGAACCGGAAGAGGGACGCGUCUUCAGGGGCGCUUGUGGCCAGGGAGAAAGAACUCGACUUCGGAGACGCAACUGCGGAGACGCGAAAAGAAGGCGACAGCGGAGACGAGGCCGAGACACCGACGCACGACCAGAGGAACGCGGAUGGGCGGAGGGAGCAAGGGAACGGCAGGAACGAAGAACUCUCAGAUCCCGAGCACACAAACGAGAUCAGACACACGGAGCAACUUGAAGAGAGGGUGAUCGAGGAGAACAAGACGCCAGAGUUGGAAGAGAACGGGAAGCGGAGAGAGAGGGAGAAGAAGAAAGAGAAGAGAGAGAGACGACUGGAGGAGAUUGAGAGAGAGAUGAAACUAGUGAGGGAGAUGCUGAGAAGCGACGAACGCGUUGCCCAGCUGGUUCUCCCCAUCCGCGACGGCCUCUCAGUGGUCGCCUGGCGAUGACAGAAAGAAGGCCGUUUUGUCUGCAGUUUAUCCUCGAAGUCGUCGCCCUGAGACAGUCGAAGUGGUCCAGCGAGCGCUCGACUCUGAGGACUCCAGGAGACGCACAAAGAUGGCACCCGCCCCAUGUCGGGUCCAGCAGUCCGCGGCGAAAAACAACUUCCUUGUUGCAGUCUUCCUUCUGCCUUUCCAGCAUGUGUCUCUCACUGUCUGCCGUCGGUUUUCCUUUUUUCUGCGGUUCUUUGCGUAUCUGGGGAAUGCUCCAUGUCACCCUUUGAAGCUCUACAUGGCAAGUUGAUGAUCAUGACGUCCGGUAAAGCGUCCACGCCCCAUCAUUAGCUCUCUCUCUUUCUGUCUCGCGAGAGUGUCUUUCUUCUUUUUUUCCACCUAUCGAAUGCCUGCCUCUUUCUUUCUGACGCUCUCCCGCAAGGGUCUCCUUCUUCUGGCGUUUUCUGCUUCUCUCAUCUGUCUUUUCUCUCGGCCUCGCACUCACUCGCUUCCCUUCCUGCUUCGUGUCUUCUCUUUGUCGCCCAGCGUGAAGGCUGGGAAGUCUAGAGAGAGACAGGCAAGACGCAAAAAACGAACAAUUGACAGUUCAUGUUUAGGAUGACAGGUUUCGUCUCGGCGCUGCGAGCCCCGAAAGACAGUCAUUUAGAAUCCAAGUUGAUGAAGAAUCAUGAAGCACAGGUUGCCGCGAAAGAAGAUCGAAAUGCUCCCGUCUUGGAGAGCACUAAUCCUAGCAAACAGAUGGACUCCUCGUCUACGCUGAAAGCAGCGUUUCAACCACCCGGCUUCCAUGGUGAAGACAUCCACACACACAACUGUCCAUCCGAGAAACAAAGACUACGGCUACAACAGAGACUCACGACGUAGCACAGAGUAUCGAGAAAAAUCCGUGAAGUGACCCUGCGUGCAGAGUGGUUCCCAAGAACACCAAGAACAACAAGAACAUAGUCCUGCGUGGAGAAUGGAUGUCCAGGAAGCACUCGAGAAGAAGUCGAGAAACCUCUCGAAAUUCCUCGUCCUUCUCUCCACCCCGAGCAAACGGACCCCCGUGUUCGCAAAGUCGCCGAACCGAGAAUUGGGGCAAGCAGACCAUUUCCGUAAACGUGACGAGACAAAGUGAAAGGUGGAGAGAGACGCGAAAGUUUCCAUCGGGUCCAGGAGUCACCUCCACAGCCAUGUCGGCCGAAGGCAUGCUCGUUUCUUCGAAGAACGUUUUCAGUGCCAGGAUCAACGCGCUACCCUGCGAUGGAGAGCCGUGUGAACGAAUCG